GUUUUCAGAAUCACAAAACCGCCUUCACAAAGCGCGCACACACGCACACGCACGCCAUUCUGCUUGUUUUCUUUGCUUGCCUUGUUCCUUGUUUGCGAGAUGAGCCAUUCGGACGAGCACCUCCCCAGCGGAUGGGAGCGCGGAGUCACCAGCAACGGCAGAACAUUCUACGUUGAUCACACAACGCGGACCACCCACUGGUCCAUCCCAGAGCACCUGCUGCCAGAGGACGUCAAGACUGCCCGCCGGAAGGCUGCUGCGAUCGCGCUCGGCGACGGCGGUCCGCUCCCGUAUGGCUGGGAGCAGGCCCAAUUGGAGGACGGCGAGUUUUAUUACGUCGACCACAACCGCCGACGCAACACAUUCACGGAUCCUCGCACCGUCAAGGACAUUCAAAACAUUACUGCAGUGCCAGUGAUAUUGAAAGGCUACUUGCAAAAGCAAGGAGGAACCGGCCUCAAGCCAAAGAACUGGAAGCGCCGAUUUUUCGUUCUGCGUGGACGCGUCCUCUACUACUAUCCCGACGAGCAUACUCCAGAGGUCAAAGGCGUUCUCAUUCUGGCUGGCUACACCAUCAAUCCGGCGUCCGAGGGUGAAAUCAACAUGAAGUAUGGUUUCCAGGCACGCCGACCUGGUGCCCGUACCUACUUUUUCGCUGCAGGCGACGAGGAGGAUCGAGCAUUAUGGAUGAAAACAUUGAACAACACCAUUCUUGAAGACUCAACCGGCGUCAAAACAAUUGGCGAUGAUGUGAUGCAAGACGAAGUUACGCACAAUGUGAAUGUGCCCGCCGAGUCGAUUCGAAACCCAGACCACUCUGGCUACAUGCAAAAGCAAGGCGGCUCUGGAUUUACUCCCAAGAACUGGCGCAGGCGUUACUUUAUCAUGAAGGGCAACACAUUGUAUUACUACAAGCUGCCUGUGGACCAAGUCGCAUUGGGAGCGGUUGCACUGCAAGGGUAUCGAGCUGAACCCACGACCGGUGGCAAACCGUUCCAGUUUACUCUGUCCAAACCUGGAGCUCGACAGUUCUUGCUGAUUGCAGACAGCGACAGUGAAAUGCAACAAUGGAUUUCGCACUUGAACAAUCGUGCCGUCCAGCUCAACUUGGAGUGCUAGCAAAUGACAUGCUUUUCUCCAGCGUGCUGAGGCUUGAUCUUUUCCAGCAGACACGCGUCGUUCGAUAUUUUUUUUUCGUUUAUCUGCUUUUACUUUCUGUUGUAGCUACUGUCUGAUGUUUGCUUUGCUCGUGCCUUUGAUGUUUAUUCUAUUGGGACUGAAAGCUCGUUCCGAGUUGUCAGUCUACAAAUUCUUUGCU